CAUGGGCAUAAUACCAACAACAAUGAAGACGCCCAUGACCGCAUCCGCCACAUCCUCACCUACCACACCGUCAAGGGAUCCUAUCCCAUCGAUAGACUCUUCCACUCGCCUACAAUCCCGACUCAUAUACCUACUGAACCUAAUUCCAACUCCCUCCCGCAACGCAUCACCGUCCGUCCAAUCAUAACGCGCAACCUCAUGCUCAAUUUCCAUAGUCGCGUCAUCUCCCUCGAUAAACACGCCUCCAAUGGCGUCCUUUAUCACAUCGACUCAGUCCUCCUGCCUCCUCCUGCUGCCCUCACUUUACUUGACAUCAUCCCUCUUGAGUUCAGCACCUUUACACUAGCCCUGUACAAAACCGGUCUGGACAGGGUACUUAAUACCUCCAUCACCAGCAGAAACCAAAACCUCCAAAGCCUCAACCUGCAAGACAACGACAUCAGACACACACAACUACCCAAAUCAUCCCCACAUAAAGAAAAAGAAAAGAAAGGAGAGGGUGGAGGUUUAACCCUCUUCCUCCCCACCAACUCCGCCUUCAGCGCAACAUUCACCCCCCAAGCCCUCGCCUUCCUCUUCUCCCCAGAGGGAAGUACAUACCUCUCCGCAAUCAUUAAAUACCACUUCGUGGUUGGUGAAACGCUAUACUCGGAUACAUUGUACACGAAACACGGGGAUAUAGUCCCCCUUCCAUCGAGGGAUGUAUCUCAUCUAGAGAUGGGGAGUUUAUUACAUGGAGUUCGCUCACACCCUAGUUAUGAUGGUAGUGAUGAAGGAAAGGCGGAGACCCUUUUCAUCGAUGCAAAACGCCACGGCGCGUAUCCCUUUCUCCGGGUGAACGGGUACCAGAGCAUCAAGACGAUGGAUUUGUUAUCGGUGGAGGGGAACAUGCAUGUUUUGAAUGAGAGGGUGCUGGUGCCGCCGAAACGGGUGGGCGAUGGGGAGAAGUAUGCGGUUGAUCCGAGGGAGAGGGAAGAUGGGUAUUUGAUGGGGGUGGAGGAGAUAUGA